AGAUCACCCUCCUGAUAAUGUGUAGUCGCCAUUUUCCUUCUGGAAGGUUGUCUCGAGUUUUGAAAUCUCCGUCUCAUUUGUCUCACGCGGGGCUCCUCUUCCUUCACCCCCUAGUUCUACGUGCAGUCCCCACAAUUCGUGUGGCGGUUUCGUAGUCCCACAAUUUCAGUGCUCCUAAUGUCUCUAGUCGACACCAUGCGGCGCCUCUCACUAGCUUCGCUGCUCGUUCUUCUCCUCGUCUUGCCGCUUAUUGCAGGCGAGGAGCAAUCAGCAUCAGCUGGCAAUGCUGACGUGGAUCUGACGAAGCUGAGAGUCAAGGAGCUGAAGAGAAUGUUGGAGGAACGAGGAGUGGAGUGCCAAGGCUGCAUUGAGAAGGAGCACCUGGUGAGUCACCUGAGGGAGACCAUUCACCUGCCCCUGCUGACAGAGGAGGAGAGGCGGCAGAGGCAGCAAAAGGACGCUCCCAAGAAAGCCCCCUCCUCUGAUUCGUCCUCUGGCGACGAUUUUGAUUGGUCGGGAGGGAAGGGGCGCUUCGACGAGGUGAAGCCCGGGGAUUCGUCGUCCAAGGAUGCUGACAUUCAGAAGAUACUGGAGAAGCUCAAGGCCUCUGGAAGCUUUGGCGACAAGAUUAAGAUGUUUUCGGCCAAGGACUUUGAGAACAUUGCCAAGAAUGUCGAUCACCGAAAGGGAGAGGGUUACGACGAUGACAUGUGGAAGCAGUACGACGAUAAGCUGUGGAAGGACCUGGGCAAGGGGAAGAAGGGGGAAUCAAAAGAUGAAUUGUGAUAGAUUGCAAAUCAUGGACAUGAGAGAUUUUAUUCGAAUUCUGAAUUUAGUGUUCAGGAUUUCAUCCCCAUAACACUGUAGAUUGAAUUGGCCCCCAAAACUGAACAUUGCGGCUGCCAUUGGGAAAUGC